AAUUCAGCUGUAAUUCGAGCCCUAUAGGAAAGAGAGAGGCGGAGAGGGGGAGAGUUACCUCACACAGUAACACCCCCCAUCGUUUCUCUAAUCGAGCAUCGAGCUGCAUGAUCUGCACCUCUGCAAUUAUGCACGUUUCGCGUCGGAUGGGAUCCUCUGUAAACACCGCAAAGCCGACGCGGAGCUCCGCAUCCCCCACGAGUUGUUAGCGUGUGUGUGGACCAAGAGGCGGGCUCGUCUUGUUUAUCACACAAAAAAAAAUGACUCGACAUGGCUGUAGCUUUGACUCAACAAACACGGCUUCGAAAGCGAUCCAGGAAACCAUAACCAGUUGAGGGAGUGAAGCGCAAAUCAUCUUAAUGAACGUCUUAAGCGGGGUUGGGUGGCCAUGGACCCAUUCACCCAGCUUAUUCUUACCAUCUCGGUGACCAGUUUCUUCACCUUCCAGUGGCUCUUCCACAAAGUCAGCCCCUGGAUGUCCAUGCGCAUCAGCCCCGGCUUCCUCAUCCUCAGUGACAAGCAGAAGGUGGAAUGGAACUCAAGGACGGUGUCGACGUUUCACGCGCUGUUGGUGGGAAUCUUCUGUUUGUACAUCUUGUUCUUUGAUGAUGCCGUCAAUGAAGACCCAGUCUGGGGAGAUCCUACACUGGUGAAGACUAAUGUUGCCAUCACAACAGGCUACCUCAUAUCUGAUCUGCUGCUAAUAUUUUACUAUUGGAAGGCGAUAGGCGACAAGUUUUUUGUAGUUCACCAUCUGGCAGCGUUGUAUGCUUACUACUAUGUACUGGGCCAAGGAAUGUUGCCUUAUUUUGCUAACUUCCGUCUGCUUGCUGAGUUUUCUACACCAUGUGUAAACCAGCGCUGGUUCUUUGAGGUACUAGGUUACCCCAAGUCCUCCCGGCCCAACAUGGCGAACGGCGUUGCCAUGGCAGUAGUCUUUUUUGUGGUCCGCAUCGCCGUCAUGCCAGUCUACUACAUGCGUAUGUAUGGGGUCUACGGCACUGAGGCCUUCUACCUGGUGCCCUGGGGUGGCCGUGUAGCCUGGAUCUGCUCCAGUAUCUGCUUGGACAUCAUGAACAUCAUGUGGAUGCAUAAGAUCGCCCGCGGCUGCUACAAGGUGCUGCGCUCGGCACGCCAGAGCAAAGCAAGCACACCUCAGGAGAAUGGGAAGACGGAUUAAGGGAACCAGGGUGUCAGUGGUGAGAAAACACCACAGUGGAGACAAACUGAUGUCACUCUCAGUGUAUGGGAGAGCAGGUGUUGGGACACUUACCUGUCACACCUAGGAGUGAUAUCACAGGACUGAAUGUACUAAGGGAGAUUGAGCUUCUUUGGAAAGCAGGUACAGUUGCUGAGAUGUACCGAUGGACCGUUUAAUUGGCCAUCCCUAAGCCAUGAAAUGACCUCUUAGCAAUACUCUGUGUGCAUGGCCAAUUAUUUUUCUCUUGAACAAUUUACCACUACACAAAAGAGUUCGUCCUGGGACAAUGGACUGUUAACCCAACCACAAAUUGUCAAAAAGUUUACCGUUCUUUACAUACUUAGUGCUCAACAAAAGACUUUUUUUUUGUAUUAUUACUGCUGCCUGAGUCCCAGAAUAAAAAUGGUGAAAUAUGAGUCAAUGUGAAAGUUGAGGCAAAGAAUUGAGGGACUCAGUGAGUCCUUGAUGAUGGUCAGUGCCAUAAAUUCAUUGUCAGAUGCAUGUUGAGGAGAUCAGUCAAGCAUCUCAUUUUUCCUCAGUGAAUCCUGAGCUAAAUUUGCAGGGACAUGACUGACACCAGAUGGGAUUACAUCAAGUGUGAUCACAGAGAAGAAUAAGUAUGAAUAAAUCAGGUCAUCACUCAACCGCUGUCAUUCAGUCAAGAGGUUCAUUUAAAAAUCCAGCCUUUUAAGAUGUUUAUAAAAAUAUCGCUUUUGGUUUUGGUUGCAUUUGAAUGAUUCAUUUGUAUAAUACAGGGUUGAAUGGGCAUUGGUAUGCUAUAUGUAGUCUAUUUCUUUUGUCUUGCUGGGGUCGAGGCAAAUGGGUUUUCAAACAAACAAUUAAAUAUACAGUUUUUAUUAAAAAAGGAUGUAUAGAGUACCUUAGAAAUGCUUAAAGGGAAACCGAAUGUCAGUGCUGUGUUUGUAUACUGAAUGCAAGAACAUUCAUUUUCCUUAAUAUUGUUGAGGUUUUCAUCAGAUAUUUAAAUCCACAUGAUUUAAUCUAUAUACAACAUGAUAUUUCACUGAAUGACAAAAUAUCAUAUUGCAUAAACAAAGAUAUGUUGUUGACACUGUUUUGUGGGAGCCGUGAUUAUAUUUAUUUCACAUUGUGUAAUGCAUGUUAGGGGAUGAAACUGACCUGGAUUAGGAAUCGAUGUCAUAGACAAACCUUACAAAAGUAGUUAAACACAGCGUACAGACAAAGAGCAACUGCUUUAAAAAGUCAAUUUAUGCUAUGGUUGGUGCGUGAUGAUCUGACACUCCUAGUUUUUACAGCAUCAGGUGACCUUAGAUUUAUAUGUUAAUCACACUUCCUGUUUAUGAUAUCCUUUUUGGUACAAAUUGUUUAAAUGAACCCAUGGGCAACAUUUGCCAACAAGCUGCAUGCUGCUUUUUGUGUUUACCAAGAAGGAAUUAGACAUUUUAGCCAGUGAAUUCAAUUCAGUACAUGAUGUCGGUUCAUAUGUUCAAGUGAAUUUGUUUCCGCAGAAUUGAGUUUGAUGUGACAUCAAAGACAAUGAUUGGUGUUUCAGAUGGUUAUAGCGCUAAUUGUCACAUAUCUUUUGUUGUUUUGUUUGUUUGUUUUUUUUUAAGCAUUGUGAUACAAAUAGCUUCUGCCUCAUGUUACAGAUUAAUUUCAUAAAGUUGCACUGCCAUAUUUAUUCCUCAGAUAGAAAAAACGACAGCAUUUAGCUUUCAGCUGGCAGGAGAAGUUGCAGUGAUUCACGUUGUAAUUGUUUUCUUAAUUUCUCAUUCUACUGGCAAAGCGGUUCAUCAUCAGACACUGAACACAGGAACAAAUCUGUUUAAUGAAUUUUAAAACAGAUGUAUCAUUUGUUCAAAACAAGUUGUGACUCAUCGUUGAUUUACGAAACAUGUACUUGAAUUUUCAUUGUAAAAUGUAUCUUUAUAUGAGCUGUACAUCGGAAGCCUCUGUCAAAUGUUUUGUGAAACGGAUACAGGGAUUGCUAGUUUUUGAGAGUCCGCCUUGCUAUGUUCAACAUUUGAUUUUGUUGCCUUUUUAAAACAAUUCUGAUUGCACAGUGAGUAUUAUGUUAAAUCCAACAACACGGAGAAACGUUUUCCAUGUCUGAUGCCUGUCUAAAGUGAUUGUUUGGCCUUUGUAAUAAUUUCAAAUGUAAAACCAAGAAGCUUGUUGAGGCUGGUUGUUUUAGUGCUUUUCUUUAUGGUUUUAAAAUUUGAAAGAUUUAUGUAUUUUUGCCGGUGCUUAAGGCAUUACUACUCCAUGGCAAACUUUUUUUUUCAUAUCCAUGAGCAUUUUCAUACAACAGUGCCAACUAUAAUUUGAUGGUGCAGACCAAAUCUGUUCACACAACCAUCUCUGCACGCUGUAGCUAGUCACAGUUUGAUGUGGCUCAGUGUAGUUUGGCAUCGUAAAAUGGGUGUGAAAGACUGUUCUCUCACACUGUGUGAUUAAAGCCAGUGUGUUUGGAACAGGAUGGACUUGGGUGGAUGUCAUCUACAUCACAUGUGGAUCUCACUUUCUCACAUCUUAGAAAAGAGUCUGGGAUGUGUUUGUUAAUAUUUCACUGGAAUGAAAUGGAAAUCAUGCGAGGGUUUUUGGACAGCGGGCCGUUUCUGGUAGCAUCAGGGGUGGCUCUGUAUGCAAGAUCAUGCAUGCAAUAUCUUCUUCAUGCACCCUUUAUAACUGCAUGUAGUAUUGCAUGGAGACUGCACUGUAAACAAACUAGCAUAUACAUUUGCAAGACAAAUUUUGUUCUCUCUUUUCUUUUUCUUAGUACAUGUACAUAAUGUUUACUUAAACGUUAUUCUUGUACUGUGCCACAUAAUGUAAUCCACAGACCAUGAUGAUGUGAUGAGAACAUCAUAAAGCAGAUAUUUAGUAUAAUAUCCAGCACAGAAAUAAUUAGUAAGGGAAUACUUGAAAACUAAUCAGCACAGCCUUUAACAACCUGGGCAGUGCAAAUAAACAUGAAUCCUAUGAGCAUCUUGCAUUAUAUGUGUACCAUUGUCUUUAAUUUAUUAAUCUGAAGGCAGGAGACAUAAUGCAAAGCAGAUGCUGUGGUGACAGAGAGCAUGGUGCUGCUGACAGCUAGUUAAACUGGUGUUGGUGUUUCUGUUCUGAAUGUUGUAUGGAGGAGAGAUGCGAGUCGGUGGAGUGUUUAGUGACAUUCUAUGAAUGUAGUGGAGAAGAGAAAAAUAAUUGUCAUUUACAUUUUCAUUUGUUCUUUACAAUAAAUACCAAAUUAACUGA